AUGCGGACCGUUACUCAAGUCACAAAUUCAAACGGUGUUUUACACCCGCUUUCCCCUGGUGGAUGUAGCAAAACUAUUUUUCGGACAGAUGGGACACUUAUAGAUCGAUUUCUGGAUCAAGUAGCCAUCAAGGGUGGCGAAGCAGCCAUAUCCCACCGCGACACAACAUUGACUUAUUCCGAAGUGGACAAGUAUUCACUGAGAUUAGCAAGACUGCUUUUGCUGAAAGGUUUCAGAAAGGAGCACAUCAUUUUAUGCCGCUUCCAUAAGUCACCUUGGGCCAUUGUCUCCUUUCUAGGGAUUCUCCGCGCUGGGUUGGCGUUUACACCUGUGGACCCGUCACACCCAGCUGCCCGGCUGCAUCAUGUAGCGAUCGAAACGGGUUCUUCCCUGAUGCUCGAGUUCGGGGGCGAUUUGCUACAAAUCGGCGAUGUCGAGUCUUGGAACACAGAUUCGACAUUUUUCAGCGGUCUUCCCGAAAAUGCAGGAGUCGACUUGCCAGACAUAGGGAGGAGUGAUCUGGCUUAUGUUUACUUCACCAGUGGGUCGACCGGCCAACCAAAGGGAGUGAUGGUUCAGCACGGGUCCAUAUGUACAAGCCUCGUGGCCCAUGGCCAACGGUUGGGCUUGUGCUCAACGUCGCGCGUUCUUCAAGCCACAUCUUACACGUUCGAUCCCUGCUUGACAGAGAUCUUCGGCACUCUUAUCUACGGUGGAUGUAUAUGCGUGCCCCCAGACUUGACCCAUCUUGUCGAGACAAUUAAUGUGCUUGCUGUAAACUGGGCAUUUUUUACACCUUCAACUAUUUCUCUCCUUCACCCAGAGGAGGUACCGACGCUAAGGACGGUGUCCGUCGGCGGGGAGCCCCUGACCCAAGACUGCAUUGAUACGUGGGCUUCAAAGGUUCGCUUAUACAAUAGCUACGGACCUACAGAGGCCUGUGUAUUUUGUUGCAUCGCUUCUACAGAGCCUACAUCGUCACCUUCCGUUAUCGGGCAUGCUGUAGGUUGUCAAUCGUGGAUUGUGGACUCGAGAGAUCCUAAUAAGCUGGCUGCGAUCGGAGAAGUGGGUGAGCUAUUGAUUGAGGGAGAGAUUCUCGCCCGCGGCUAUCUCAAUGACCCUGAAAAAACCGCAGCAGCAUACAUCACUGGCCUUUUGUGGGCGAAUCCUGCUAUUGUAUCAAACGCACCAAGGCGUUUUUAUAAGACUGGGGAUCUUGCACGAAUCAAUCUUGAUGGAACAAUAUCCUGUCUCGGUCGCCGCGACAAGCAGGUGAAGAUCCGGGGCCAGCGGGUCGAGCUAGGCGAUAUUGAGAGUCAUAUCAAACAACACCUCGGUCACCAAGGCCCAAAUGUCUUUGUGGAAUUGGUGGAACGGAAUAUGACAGAUUACCUCGUUGCAUUUCUCGUGUUAGGCUCGUCACACAGCACGAUCACAGCAGUGGGAAAUUGGAAACCCUGGUGCGAUGAUCUGCAAACAAAACUUUCGCAAAGCCUCCCAACAUAUAUGAUACCCGGACAUAUAGUUCCUCUCCAAUAUCUACCCAUGACUACCUCUGGAAAAGUCGACCGGGCUGCUCUGCGGGAUAAGUUCCAGAAAUUGCACAGUCAAGUCGCGCCGGAGUUACCCAUGGUUCAAGUACAAACUAACCACAGUGAAUCGCAUGAUGAGGAGAGAAUAUUCAAGAUUGAAGUGGCUCGCGUUCUUUCAUUGGCCCCUACGGCUCUCGACCUAAAUCACAGCUUUCUUGAACUUGGGGGCAACUCGCUUCAUGCUAUCAGGCUUGUCUCACGUUUACGAAAGGCGAGUAUCCAUUUACGUACCGAAGAAAUUUUGCAACCAAUCUCGCUGUUCUCACUGGUUAGCACUUCAAAGGCCGCAACGCGCCGGAUCACGGCAUCUGUGCCGCAGGACGAAGACAUUUCCUAUGGAUCAACUCCUGACCAUCUCAUGGAGUCUGUGCCUUGGGUAGCCACUCAGUGUGGCAUCGCUUUGGAUUCUAUCGAGUCACUGCAAAAAUGUACUUCUUUUCAAGAGUCUUUGAUGCCAUCUUUGACAAGCCAACCAUGCACUUAUGUGGCUGAAUACAGAUUUCAACUGUCUUCUGGAACAGAUCUGCAUCGCUUCAAGACCUGCUGGGAAGCUGCCUACCAAGCAUUUCCAAUUUUGCGCUCUCGUUUCGUUGUAGCUCCAGCUCACGGUCCAAUAAGGGCAGUCGCUCGUGAGCAGAUUGCUUGGAACGAAAACGGGGUUGACCGGCUACAAUGCAAAAUGACUAUGGAGAGAAUGGGAGCGGGCACUAAGCUCUCCGCAUUCUCACUGAGCAACCACGGAGAAAGUCAUGAAUUCAUCUUGAUAUUACAUCAUUUGCUCUAUGACGAAUGGUCCCUACAGCUUUGCCUCGAGUACGUCACUCAACUGUAUGAUAACUCGCCGCCGCCAACAUUAGGACCAUCCUUCGAUCGAUUUGUCCACUUUUCUAUCGACGCGGCAAAGGACAACGCAUCCCAAGAAUUUUGGAGAAAUGAGCUUUCCUCGGCUUGUGUGGCUCAAUUUCCACGACUUCCUUUCCCGAACUACCGCCCAAAACUAAACGCCAUUCGCGAGAUUCAGGUGCAACAUGCAACGUCAGAGAAGGUGAGAGCUUCUGUUCUUGUGCGGGCUGCUCUUGGUCUCGCGAUGGGUGUCUAUACAGGAUUAGAGGACAUUUGCUUUGGUACUGUCAUGAGUGGCCGAGACGCGAAUAUGCCCGGCGUAGACGAGGUCGUUGGCCCUACACUUGCAACUAUUCCAGUACACAUGACCUGGGAUGCAACAGACACUACUUCCAGCUUCCUUGAUGCCGCUGAGAGCCAGCAACGGGAGAUACAUGCCCAUGAGCAGUACGGAUUCCAGAAUAUCCGAAAGACCAGCGCAGCUGCCGCUCUUGCCUGUGACUUUCAGACAAUGCUUGUGAUACAAUCGCCUUCCCCAGAAGACUCCACGAAGCACUUGUUCGCAGAGCGAACAGAAAACGAGAGUAGAGACUCCCAUGCCUUGGUGCUCGAAUGCACCAUGGGCCCUGAAGCCUUGACCAUGGAGGCUCGGUUCGAUACGGAAGCAAUAUCAACUGAACAAUGCGAACGCUUUUUGGGGUUAUGGGAGCAUAUCCUAGGGCAGCUGUCUUGUGUAGAAGGGGGUACAGCGCUAGGAUCUCUGAACUUAGUCAGUAAGGCAGAUGCGUGGACCCUGGCCACAAGAAACGGCUGUCUCCCUUUCCCAUCUCCAGGUCUCGUUCAUGAUCACUUGGCACGUUGGAGUACAAUACAGCCGGAUAAGAUUGCGAUUGACUCGUGGGAUGGCAAACUUACAUAUCGUGAGUUAGACAUUCUGACUACAAGGUUCGCCGUUUUUCUAGUGGCCUCGAACCCGAGCGGUAUCAUCCCCUUACAUUUUCCCAAGGGGCUGCCUUUGAUCGUCUGCAUGUGGGCAGUUCUAAAGGCCGGGCGAGCGUUUCUCUGCCUCGACACUGAAGCACCAGCAGAUCGAUUAACACAUAUACUGGAGCAACUGGACCGACCCCUGGUCCUCACCCAUAACGCAAAGUCUACCAGGGCUCUUGCAUUAGUCAAUUGUUGGACUAUUGACAAAGGAUAUCUAAGGCAGUUAGGCUGGGCGCAUACGGAGGGUCCUCCCCUCCCAGUCGUCAAUUCACAUGAUAUAGCAUACAUGAUCAUGACAUCGGGAUCAACCGGGCGUCCCAAGGGUGUACUGAUUGAGCACCAGUCCAUCAUGACCACCGUCGCUCAAAGCGGCCCGACCUGGGGUAUCCAGAAAAGCUCGCGCAUGCUCCAAUUCCCAUCCGUGGCCUUCGACGCCGCGGUCAUGGACAUCCUCUCCGCCGUCGUACACGGUGCCUGCCUGUGCGUUCCAAUGCAGGCCAUUGGCAUGGACGCACUAGCAAAUUUCAUCAAGGUAAAGAACGUCAACUGGGCCUUCUUCACACCAUCAUUUCUCCGGCUUGUGAACCCUUCAGAGUUUCCGGGUUUGGAGACCGUCGCUGCUGGAGGAGAAGCAAUGACUACUGAAGUGGCUAGGGUCUGGGCUCCUAGAGUCAACCUCGUGAACGCGUACGGGCCAUGCGAAUGUGCAAUUACUUGCGCGUCGACCCUCGUCAAGGCCGAUGCUCUAAGCCAUUCCUCAAUUGGCAAGGCGAUAGGUUGUGUUCUCUGGAUCGUUGAUGCCAAAAACCACGAGCGCCUCGCGCCCAUCGGUACCGUUGGAGAGCUUCUAAUCGAGGGACCGAUCGUCGGCCGCGGCUACCUGAACGACGAUGAAAAGACGGCUGCCGCUUUUAUAUCACCACCCUCGUGGACAUCAGACUUUCCUAGAAACUUUUGCAGAAUGUACAAAACUGGCGAUCUCGUUCGCUACGAUGACGAUGGUGGUCUGCUCUACAUCGGCCGCAAAGACAAUCAGGUAAAGCUUCGAGGUCAAAGACUGGAGCUUGGGGAGGUCGAACACAAUGUUCAACAAGCCGCUUCCUCUCGACCAGCUCUUUGCUUCGUUCCCAAGAAAGGACCAUUUGCCAAUCGUCUGGUUGCAGUCCUAGGAGGAGGAUCUAAUAACCUUAUUCCUGUAUCCGAAUAUCGCCUCAUCCCAUUCAAGUUAGAUGGUGCGAUGCGUACAGAUAUUCAGAAACUUCGACAGCAUGUUGCAAGUAAAGUACCUGCCUACAUGGUACCAGAUCAUUUCGUGAUUUUGCGAGAUAUGCCAAUUUCUUUAUCAGGGAAGUUGGACCGUAAGAUUAUCGGAACGUGGGUUGAGCAGUUCACAAGCCAAGAUGAAUCCGUUUUCUCGACCGGGACAGAAAGCCGGGACUCAUCGACUCAUGCGGUACCAGCUAAUCCUAUGGAAACUGUGCUACAAACUGCCUGGGCUGCUGUUCUAGGCCUUCCUCCGGACAAGGUAGGAACCAAUCGAUCUUUCCAAGCUUUGGGAGGCGAUUCUAUCACGGCCAUGCAAGCGAUCGCUCGAAGUCGCAACAAAGGAUUUGACAUCUCCAUGAAAGAACUUCUGCGUGGUGACACUAUCCAGGUCCUCUCACGAAAAGUCAUUCCCAAGGAAAAUGUGUCCUCCAGAUACAUAAACCGAAACAAAGAUCCGUCGACAGCACUUUCGCCCAUACAACGAUUGUAUUCGAUUCUGGCUCCGAUGUCACAGGCGCAUUACUUCAAUCAGAGCGUUCAAAUGCGGUCUCGGAGGAAUGUCUCUCCUCAAGACCUCAGUGCCGCGUUACGAGCUGUUGUCACUCGACAUCCAUCCUUGCGUACCAGAUAUGACUUCUCUGAUUUGAGCAAACCGACACAGCGAGUUUUGGACGACGCCGAAGCAUCAUUCUCUGUAGCUUCCUGUCACGUAUCUAGCAAGUCUGCCAGACUGGGCCGGCUUAAAGCGGUGCAGAGCAUUCCAGACCCUGUUUUCGGCCCCAUCAUUCAUUGCGAGCUGAUUGAUGAGGAAGAGGGUGAUCAACGCAUCAUCCUUGUAGCGCCUCAUCUAGCCGUGGAUAUAGUGUCAUGGAGACUCAUUUUAGAGGAUAUGGAGACGAUACUCGAAGGUGCGACAUUAGGACCAACGCCUCUCGUAUCGUACCAAGACUGGUGCGAUAGGACUUUGCAAAACCAAGAAUCGGGACGGAAGCUUCCUACUCCAGAUUACGACUACUGGGGUCUUGACACGAGUUCGCUUGUCUACGGAGAGGUAGAGACGGAGUCAUUUUCGCUCAGCAGUUCUGCCACAGCAUCGUGCUUGGGCCCCAACAACAGCUAUCUUCGCAGCAAACCUACUGACCUGUUUAUUGGCGCGAUAUCGUGGGCUUUCCACGAAACAUUCCCAGACAGAGAAUCAGCUAUUGUAUGCCUCGAAGGGCACGGCCGACAGUCGACUGGCAACGAUUUGGACGUCACGAAUACGGUAGGCUGGUUCACCACGGUAAUGCCAGUGCAUGUCCCGAUAAUUCCCGGGGAGGAUCUUCUCCAGUUCUUUGUACGGACUAAAGACGCAAGAUUCCGAUCCGAAGCCCAUGGAGUCGACUUCUUCAAGACCCAGGAUCUCUCUAACGACAAAAAUGUGAAAAUCCCUGAGAUAAUGGUCAACUUCACGGGCAUUCAAAGGACAGACGUCGAAGCAGGUGGACUGUUUGUGGAAGACGUAGACAGCAGUGGCGACCAAUACGACUUCAGUGACAAUAUGCGUCGCUUCGCGGUAUUCGACAUCGCUAUCUGUGUGAAGAAUGGCAAGCUCGAGCUAGAAUUGUCCUUCGAUAAGCGUAUCCGUCAACGCAACCGUAUUGGCAAUUGGCUUUCCAAGUGCAAGGCUGUUCUGGAAGAGAUAUCUAUACAUGUUUCCAGCACUCCGCCAAGGCCGACGCUUUCGGAUUUCCCUAGUCUUGCUCUUUCUUACGAUGGCUUGGCUGUGUUAGAAAGCAACAUGCAAGAACUCGGGAUCAGCAUGCUCGAAACAGAUGGCCCUUGGGUUGAAUCAGUCUUCCCAGCUACUCCGAUGCAAAAUCAGAUGCUUCAAGCCCAGCAGGAGAACCCAAAUUACUGGCGCGUGAGUACAUUAUUUAAGACAUUCACGAGUGACUCGUCACCAAUCGAGCCACAAAGGUUGUCAACCGCAUGGAAGAAGGUAAUUGCGGCUAACGCAGCUUUACGAACUUUAUUAAUCCCCGGAUCACAAAUGACCGCUGCUGGUUACAUCAAUGUGGUUCUUGGCAAACUUCCACUUGAUGACUUUGUCACCAUCAGUUCCUCUCCCGAUUUAUCUGCACUACCUCGGACGAAGUGGCAAUUAGAACUGCCACAGCACCAUCUAACCAUUGUGCAACAUGGCCCGAAGAGUGUCCUGUGUCGGCUUGAGAUCAGUCACGCUCUGGUCGACCACUCAUCAAUGUCUGUGGUACUCCGAUGUCUCUCACAAGCCUAUGAAGACGGAUCGGUAGCUUUGAAUGUCGUUCCCUACGAGAACUAUGCCAUGGCUCUUUCCCAGGCCCCUUCCCGCGGGAGCCUAGACUUUUGGACAUCCUACUUGAGAGACGCCUCCCCAUCACGAGUAUCUGAUAUUAAAGCAACGGACGUGCGAGAAGACAAGGGCAUAUUCUCCACACCUAUCGACCUUACUGAAGUUUUUGAAUCUGUGAAGACAGCAUCGGAGACCCACGGUAUCACUUCUGCAACCAUUUUGCGUCUGGCCUGGGCGCUGGCGUUGGGAGAGCAAACGAAUAAUGCGGAUGUCGUCUUUGGUUUCAUAUCCUCUGGUCGCGACGUAUCAAUGCCUGAUAUUGAGCAUGUUGUUGGCCCUGUUUUGAAUGUCGUCGCCUGUAGGGUGUUGAGUACGAAGAAUGACACUUUAAAAACGCUACAAGCUGUUCAGGAAGAUUUCUUUACUACUUCACAACAUCAACAUUAUCUUGCAACCUAUCUGCGCGAGCAAUAUGGAACCAAUAGCCUUGGAUUGUUCGACAGCGUCGUGAAUUUCAGACGCCAUGGGGCUCCACAGGAGGAUGGAGGUAUUCUUUCAUUUGAAGAAUGGCCAGGUAGUGAGGAUCCUUAUGAGGUAAUAGCACCAAGUAACCUACAAAAUUUGGUUGGAAGUGAAGCUAACGACGAAACAGUACGCCAUAGUCCUGGAAAUUGA